AUGGAAUCUGUCAGGAAAGCUAAAGAUAGAAUAGCGAAAUAUCCACUAAUAUUCGCGAAAUGUUCUAAACAAGGCAGCCUAUACGCGAAAUGUGUCCUGCUCAGAGAGGAUUCUGUGAGAAAAGACGACUGUGCUAAAGAAUUUAAAGAAUUCAACGCUUGUUUACAAACAGCCGCAAAAGAACUCAAAACAAGAAUAUAAAAUGGAAUCAUUAAAAAAAAUUUUAGGUUUUAGUUUUAUUACACAUUUGGGGAUCGGUGUUAGCAUUCGUGUUCUGCUUGUCCUCUACAGCACUAUUCACGAUAAACGUUUCGAGGUUCCGUACACUGAUAUAGAUUACAAAGUGUUUUCCGACGCUGCCAAACAUGUGUACGAGGGUAACUCGCCAUACUUGCGUCACACAUACCGCUACAGUCCCUUAAUA